CCCUGCGUGCACCUUUAAGGCGAUGGGAGGAAGCAGCCGCAGAGAAGAAGGCGAUGGUUUGCUUUAUCCCGCACUUGCGUGAGGCAGGCCAGGUUCGUUGUGCGCAGUUUGUGUGUGCGGGCUUCUGUGGAGGGAAGAUGCGUGUGCUUGUUGCUCGCCGGAUGGAGAGAGGUGGAGAAGACGGAAUGACUUCCCAGCUCAGCUAACAAUCAUCGCCGUGCGCACUUUUACGCAUAUUUUGCCCCAUCAUCCAGCGUUUUAGUCCUUCCAUUGCGAUUCCUUGUUUUUUUUUAAAUAGGAUCUUAAAGCCUUUUACGUUUUUCUUUCUUUUUUAUGGGUUGCUGGAUCAGCCACUUUCUUCUAUGAGCCUCCACAGUCUGCGUCAGCGGAACCUCUCACCUGGACCGGAGCGCACAGAGCCGAGCUCCCUCAUGUUCAAGGCCGGGCGGAGGUCCGACACGGGCGGACGGCAGCGCUGCUGAGGCCCCCGCUGAGGGUCCACAUCCGCUGGCACUUCCACGCAAUAUACUUGUGGAUCUUCUCCAGAACGCACACUGCCCUCCCGCUGCAGCAACACACAAGCAAGCUGCAGGAAGGAAGAAGACCCCGAACCUCCUCCUCUUCAUCUUCUCCUCAGGAUUUGAGAGGGAAGGAGAGACACAGAUCUUCAUGCGUCUACCUUGUUUGGUUGCAAAUGACUUGUUGAAGAAAUAAAAAGGAAUCGAAGAAGAAAGAGUGCGUGGAGAGAAGCAGAAAAAGCCUAAGCUUGGAUAUAGAAAGGAGCGGGGCAUGUGGAUAUUGGCUCUUAUCUUUUCCCAGUGCAUCUUGAAUGUUCUCUGUGAAGAUCUACGUUCCAGCUUAUAUUUUGUCAAUGCAUCUGUGCAAGAGGUAGUGUUUGCCAGCACCACAGGGACGUCGGUGCCCUGUCCCGCUGCAGGCGUGCCACCUGUCUCACUGCGCUGGUAUCUGGCCACCGGUGAGGAGAUCUAUGAUGUGCCGGGGAUUCGCCAUGUGCACUCCAAUGGCACCCUUCAGAUCUUCCACAUCCCCCCUUCCAGCUUCAGCAAACUCAUCCACGAUAACACCUACUAUUGCACAGCGGAGAACCCCUCAGGGAGAAUCAGGAGCCAAGAUGUCCACAUUAAGGCUGUCCUACGAGAACCCUACACUGUUCGGGUGGAGGACCAGAGAGCCAUGAGAGGCAAUGUGGCGGUCUUCAAGUGCAUUAUCCCCGCCUCAGUGGAGGCCUACAUCACUGUUGUGUCCUGGGAGAAAGACACAAUGUCAAUCAACGCUGAAAUGUCGCGGUUUCUUAUCACAUCCACGGGAGCCCUUUAUAUCCUAGAUGUCCAAAUGGAGGAUGGACUGUACAACUAUAGAUGUAUGACACGCCAUCGGUACACAGGAGAGACGCGACAAAGCAAUAGUGCCCGCCUCAUUGUCUCAGAUCCAACAAACUCAGCACCACACAUCCUGGACAGCUUUGAACGUCGGGAGGUAAUGGCUUCUCACCGAGUGGAAUUGCCAUGCAAGGCCUCAGGCCACCCAGCACCCAAAUACCGCUGGCUGAAGGACAACCGACCUCUGGAGCCCGACACGCGUUACAGACAGAGUGUGACAGGGCUGCUCAUCGAGAGAUCCCAACCCAGCGACACGGGCACGUACGUGUGUGAGGUGUGGAACAGCUACGGCAGUGCUGAGGUGGUCGGCAGGCUGCAGGUGAAAGAGAUGCUGAAAGUCGUGGUGAGCCCUCGUAAGGUGAAGGGCAGCGUUGGCAGCCAGGUUUCGCUCUCCUGCGGCGUAACUGGCUCGGAAGAGUACCAGUUGUCUUGGUACCGUAACGGCGAGCUCAUCUACCCAAGUAACAGUGUCCGGAUGACAGGCCAAAACCGGGAAAACCUUGUUAUGGCUGGGAUGGCCAAGAGUGAUGGAGGAGCGUAUCAGUGCUUCGCCAGACAUGGGAAGAUGUCGGCUCAGGACUUUGUCCAGGUCAUAUUAGAAGAUGGUACACCAAAGAUUCUGGCAUCAUUUAGCGAAAAGGUCUACAACAUCAAUGAGUUUGUAUCACUGUCAUGCACGGUGAAGGGCACCCCGGAGCCCCGGGUGACCUGGACCCUUGAUGACGAGCCAGUAAUCCGGGAUAGUCGCCAUCGAAUAUCCUACUACACCAACUCUGAAGGCCAUGUGGUCAGCCACCUCAACAUCAGCCAGACCCAGGUCCCGGAUGGAGGGGUUUAUCGCUGCAUCUGCAACAACUCAGCAGGGGCCAUUUCCUACCAGGCGCGAAUAAACGUAAGAGGGCCUGCCAGCAUCAGACCAAUGAAAAACCUCACUGCUAUCGCUGGGCGGGACAUGUACAUCCACUGUCGCGUCAUCGGCUACCCUUACUACUCCAUCAAGUGGUACAAGGACUCCAAUUUGCUGCCGUACAACCACCGACAACGGGCCUUUGAGAACAAUGGCACCCUGAAGCUUUUUGAUGUGCAGAAGGACGUGGAUGAAGGGGAAUACACGUGCAAUGUGCUCGUGCAGCCCCAGCUCUCCACGCACCAGAGCGUCUAUGUCACUGUGAAAGUCCCACCCACCAUCCACCCAUUUGAGUUCCCUCGCUUUUCCAUCGGUCAAAGAGUCUUCAUCCCAUGUGUGGUUAUGUCUGGCGACCAACCCGUCUUCAUCACCUGGCAGAAGGACGGUCGGCCAAUACCAGCCAGCCUCGGCGUCACUAUUGACAACAUCGACUUUACCAGCUCUUUGCGCAUCUCCAAUCUUACGCUCAUGCACAACGGCAACUACACAUGCAUUGCACGCAACCAAGCUGCGGCUGUGGAGCAUCAGAGUCAGCUCAUUGUUCGAGUUCCUCCCAAAUUUGUGGUGCAACCAAAGGACCAGGAUGGCAUCUAUGGUAAAGCUGUGAUUCUGAACUGCUCUGCUGAGGGAUAUCCUGUUCCUACCAUCCAAUGGGAGUACUCCAAAGGUGCCGGGGUCCCUCAGUUCAAACCAAUUGCCCUCAACUCCGGUUUUCGGAUCGAGGUCCUGGUCAACGGCUCUCUACUCAUCAAACACGUGCUGGAAGAAGACAGUGGCUUCUAUCUUUGUCGAGUCAGCAACGACGUCGGGGCUGAUGUCAGCAAGUCCAUGUAUCUUAAUGUUAAAAUUCCCGCCAUGAUCACAUCCUACCCCAACACCACGCUGGCCACACAAGGUGAGGAGAAGAAAAUGAGCUGCACGGCUCACGGUGAGAAGCCCAUCAUGGUACGCUGGGAGAAAGAGGAACGGAUCAUCAACCCUGAGACCAGCCGCUAUGUAGUUACAGUCAAGGAGGUGGGAGAUGAAGUCAUCUCCACCCUGCAGAUCAUGCCCACAGUCAGAGAGGACUCAGGAUUUUUCUCCUGCCAUGCCAUCAACUCCUUCGGUGAAGACAGAGGAAUCAUCCAGCUCACAGUACAAGAGCCCCCAGAUCCACCAGAGGUGGAGAUCAGAGAAGUGAAAGACCGAACCAUUGCCCUGCGUUGGACCAUGGGAUUUGACGGCAACAGCCCCAUCACUGGCUUCGACAUUGAAAGCAAGAACAAAUCAGCCUCCUGGGACACCGCUCAGAAGACCAAAGAUGUCUCACCUCAGCUCAACCAGGCCACCAUCAUCGACCUACACCCCUCCUCCACCUACAACAUCCGCAUGUUUGCCAAGAACCUCAUCGGAAAGAGUGAGGCCAGCAAUGAGCUCACCAUCACCACUGAUGAAGCAGCUCCUGACGGACCUCCUCAGGACGUGCAGCUAGAAGCUCUCUCUUCUCAGAGCAUCAAAGUUUCCUGGAGGGCACCCAAGAAGCAUCUCCAGAACGGAGCAAUCAGAGGCUACCAGGUGGGCUACAGGGAAUACAGCUCAGGUGGAAACUACCAGUUCAGUGUAAUCAGUGUGGAAACAACGGGGGACAAUGCAGAGAGCCUGGUAUUGGACAACCUCAAGAAGUUCACCCAGUACGGGGUGGUGGUGCAGGCCAGCAACAGCGCAGGAACCGGGCCGUCUUCUACAGAGGUAGCUGCCACGACACUGGAGGAUGUUCCAAGUCGUCCUCCAGAGAACGUCCAAGCCAUGGCUACAUUUCCAGAGGUCAUCUCUCUGUCCUGGUUGACCCCUCCUAAAGAUGCGUUGAAUGGCAACCUGCUGGGUUUCAGGGUUAUCUACUGGGCCAACCUGCCUGAUGGAGAGCUUGGAGAGAUCAGUAACGUGACAACUUCCAAGCCCUCGCUGGAGCUGGAUGGCCUGGAGAAGUACACCAACUACAGCAUCCAGGUGUUAGCCUUCACCCGAGCAGGCGACGGGGUUCGCAGCGAACAGAUUUAUAUCCGCACCAAGGAGGAUGUUCCCGGUCCUCCUGGCGGUGUGAAGGCAGCGGCUGCUUCCAACUCUGUGGUGUUUGUGUCCUGGCUUCCUCCUGUCAAAGUGAACGGCAUCAUCAGGAAAUAUACUGUUUUCUGCUCCAACCCGCAUCCCACGGUCAGCAGUGAAUUUGAGGCAGCCCCGGAUGUGUUCUUCUACCGCAUCCCCAACCUGAGCCGGAACCGACAAUACAGCAUUUGGGUGGUUGCUGUCACUGCUGCGGGCCGUGGAAAUGCCAGCGAGAUCAUCACUGUGAAACCCAUGGCAGAAGCUCCGGCAUGCAUCUUGACCUUCAACAGGACAGUCACAACACCCUGGAUGAGAGACAUUGUGCUGCCUUGCAAGGCGGUGGGUGAUCCGUCUCCAACAAUCAAAUGGCUGAAGGAGAUCAACGGAACCCCUGCACCCGUCGUGAUUGACAGCCGGCGCAGUGUUCAUGGUAAUGGCAGCCUUGUGAUUCGCACCGUGAAAGCGGAGGACUCGGGGAACUACACUUGUGUGGCCAGUAAUAGCUUCGGCUCCGAUAAGAUCGUCCUCAACCUGCAGGUUCAAGUUCCACCUGACCAGCCUCGCCUCACGGUGACCAAGACCACUACAACUUCCAUCACACUGUCCUGGAUACCUGGAGACAACGGUGGUAGCUCCAUUAGAGGUUACAUAUUGCAAUAUUCAGAGGACAACAGUGAACAGUGGGGGAACUUUGCCAUCAGUCCGAGUGAGCGGGCCUAUCGGUUGGAGAACCUCAAGUGUGGCACCUGGUACAAGUUCACACUCACGGCCCAGAAUGCUGUGGGGCCUGGGCGCAUCAGUGAAAUCAUCGAAGCAAAGACCCACGGCAAAGAACCUCAGUACUCCAAAGAACAGGAGCUCUUCACCAGCAUCAACGCCACCCGCGUGAAGCUCAACCUGAGCGGUUGGAACAACGGCGGCUGUCCCAUCACCUCCUUCACACUGGAGUACCGACCCAUGGACUCGCCUUCAUGGACCACGGCGCAGCGCACCUCCCUCACCAAGAGCUACAUCCUGUACGACCUGCAGGAGGCCACCUGGUACGAGCUGCAGAUGAAAAUCUACAACAGCGCCGGCUACGCUGAGAAGAGGAUCAAGUUUGCGACGCUCAGCUACGACGGCAGUACCAUUGCUCCGCUAGUUAAAGCACCCAACGUGAGCGAGGACACCUCUGGUGGCGGCGAAGGUUUGAAGAUGAUGGUGACCAUUUCCUGCGUCUUGGUGGGAAUUGUCGUCAUCUUCAUCAGCCUGCUGGUACUGCGGAGGAGGAGGCGUGAACAGAGGUUGAAGAGACUCAGAGAUGCUAAAAGUUUGGCUGAGAUGCUAAUGAGUAAAAACACCCGCCCAGCAGAGCCGGUCAACAAGCAGCAGCAAACACUCCGAAUGCACAUUGACAUUCCCAGAGCUCAGCUUCUCAUCGAGGAGCGAGACACCAUGGAGACUGUUGACGACAGGUCCACUGUCUUACUGACUGAUAACGACUUCGGGGAAACACAGAAACAGAAGUCAUCCACAGUCACCCACACAGUCCACUACCAGUCCCUCUCCCAGGCCACCGGUCCUCUGGUAGAUGUGUCUGAUGCCAGACCAGGAACCAGUAAGUCCAACCCGACUGCCCGCCGCACAGCCAAAGCCGGCCCGGCUGCUCGCAACCGCUACGCCAGCCAGUGGACCCUGAACCGCCCGCAUCCCCCCGUCUCGUCCCACACGCUAAGCACCGACUGGAGGCUGCCCACGCCCAGAGUGGCGGGCUCUGUCGACAAGGAGAGUGACAGCUACAGCGUGAGCCCAUCUCAGGAUACAGACCGUGCACGCAGCAGUAUGGUGUCAACGGAAAGCGCCUCCUCCACUUACGAAGAGCUCGCUCGAGCCUACGAGCACGCCAAGAUGGAGGAGCAGCUGCGCCACGCCAAGUUCACCAUCACCGAAUGCUUCAUCUCCGACACCUCCUCAGAGCAGAUGACCGCCGGCACCAACGACUACACCGACAGCCUGACCUCCAGCACGCCGUCCGAAUCAGGCAUCUGCCGCUUCACCGCUUCGCCGCCCAAGCCUCAGGAUGUCAGUCGGGUCAUGAACAUGGCCGUGCCCAAGGCCCACAGACCGGGAGGCGAGUUGGUUCACCUUCCUCCGUACCUGCGCAUGGACUUCCUGUUAAAUCGGGGCAUGUCCUGCUCGGGGUCAUCCAGGGGGACGGCCAGCGGGGAGAGAGCAGCAAUGGGUCAGGCCUGUUUGGAGCCCCAGAAGAGUCGCUCACUGAAACGACCUUCCCGCAUGGCGCCCCCGACGCCGUCAGAGGCCCCACAGGCCAGCAGGGACCCCUCUGCCGCUGCUGCCGCCGCCGCCGCCGCCCAGUGGCAACCCGGCUCGGCCGCCACGCUCCCACACAGGGAGGGCUCAGACCUGGCCCAGGCCGCCAAGCUCAGCACCUCCCAGGAGUCCCUGCUGGACUCGAGAGGACAUCUGAAACAGAGCAGCAACCCCUACGCAAAGUCCUACACGCUGGUAUAACAGCAGGGGGGGGUCUUGGCUGGGACUCGAACUCCACUUUAACACUGGACUUAACACUCAAGUGCAGUAAACGGACUCUCACCACGCAGUUCUGUAUAUACGUCCUUGCCCUCCGAGGUUGGCCUCACUUUUACUAAUCCACUUUUAUUUAUUUCACAACUUUAUUUUCUUUCCUCUUUCUAUUUCGUUCUUUUCCACAUGAAAAAAAAAACCCGUCAGGAAUGACUGCAGUCAUGAGGGGAAUAUGAUUUGAAUAUUGUUUUUGUUUUUUAUACUACGAGUGAUUAUUAAUAUUAAUAAUACAAUAAGUUGACGUCUAUUAAUAAUCAUUCAAAGCGGAUUACCAAUUGUUUCUAUUCUGACCGAAGAACUUGGAAUUGCUUUUGUUUUGGUUUUCUGGAACACAACAUGGAAUAACACAAACUUGGAACAAAAAGAAAAAUCAUUUCACUUUUCAGCUGCUCUGAAAUUGGUACUUUUUACGAAGAAAAAAAAAACAAAACAAAAAAAACACAAAACAUCUAUUUCCUAUGGAUGCAUGGGGACUGACCAAUAAAAAAGACGAUUACCAUCGCUGGCUGGACGGCUCCAGCCUAGCAUUUUGUCACACGUAUGACAUGAUCCAAUGUGAAGAUUUAUUAUUCUUAUUACUAUAAAUAUAUAUAUAAAAAAGAGAAAUCACUUUUAUUUGUGGAUAUUACAGGGAAGAAUUGAUUUGGUUAAUAUGGUCUUCAAACAUAUCUUUGUUUUCAUUAGAAAAUGGCGCGUCUCUGUUGAUCUUUCUCUGUGUCCCAUUCUCUGAUGGUGCAAUAUGAAGAAAAAAAAAAGAAAAGUCUAUGAGAACUAUUUGCUCUAUACUGUACUGUAAUGAUGAAAAGUAACUAUGUUGUGAGUGUGCUUACAGGGCUGGACCAUUCCAGCUAUGUAUUCAGGUAGUUUGCCACUGCUUGUGUGCCAGGGUGGUGGUGAGUGAUGUUAGGUAGAACAGGGAGGGUUUCUCCACGAUUGAGGGUUUUGCACUUCACAGCCCCUCCCCCUUCCCUCCCCCUCCGUCCCCCCAACAGUUCAAGUGUGUCCAAAUACAGGUGGUCCUCGACCUGUGACGGUUCGUGAUUACGAAGUGGCUCCCAUACGUUCAUUAAGACUCUCUUCCGUUCCGCGUUGUUGUGUCUCCCAAGUACGCCAAAGAAAAGGAAAGCCAUGAAACAACGGGAAUUCAACCCCUUCAGUACCGCUCAUUUUUGAUGACUUCUAUUGUGCUUUAGUAAUCAGCAGUGGAACAUAGGGAAAUUUCAGGAAAAUAUCGGUUCCCAACUAAAAAAAAAAAUUCAAGCAUAACUUUCACUUUUGAAAGCUGCACGGCGUUCGAGUGGUUAGCGCGCAGAGCUCUACAGCUCAUAGACCUGAGUUCAAUCCCACCCUCGGCCAUCCCAGGUUGCAUGACAAUAAUUCCAGAUGGACUGUUAGAAUUCAUUCAUUCAUUUUCUACCGCUUAUCCUCACAAUGGUCACGAGGGGUGCUGGAGCCUAUCCCAGCCGUCUUGUACACCCUGGACCGGUGGCCAGCCAAUCACAGGGCACAUAUAGACAAACAACCAUUCACACUCACAUUCAUACCUAUGGACAAUUUGGAGUCGCCAAUUAACCUAGCAUGUUUUUGGAAUGUGGAAAACCGGAGUACCCGGAGAAAACCCACGCAUGCACGGGGAGAACAUGCAAACUCCACACAGAGAUGACCGAGGGUGGAAUUGAACCCUGUUCUCCUAGCUGUGAGGCCUGUGCGCUAACCACUAGUCCGUCGUGCAGCCCUGUUAGAAUUAUAUGUGUAAAAUAUAUAGUCUGCCCCCCCCCCCGUCAAUUUUGUUAAAUCAAAGUCAAAAAGUUUGCCCACCCCUACCCUAGAUAGACACCUCCUUAUCGUGUGAGGAAAGAUAUGUUGUAUUAUUACCAAAAGUUCCCACAAAUUCCGUAGUUCUGCAUUUUCCAUCACAACAUUCCCAUUGUAAACAAAUGACUCCACAUUUCUUAACCGAUUUAACCAUUCCAACAUGAAAUUCCCACUUUUUCCGGAAUUCCACAUUUUUACAAACAGUACUUUCAGUUUCGCACUGCAUGGCGGUCGAGUGGUUAGCAUGCAGACAUCACAGCUAGGAGACCCCGAGUUCAGUCCCACCCUCGGCCAUCUCUGUGUGGAGUUUGCAUGUUCUCCCCGUGCAUGCGUGGGUUUUCUCCGGGUACUCCGGUUUCCUCCCACAUUCCAAAAACAUGCUAGGUUAAUUGGCGACUCCAAAUUGUCCAUAGGUAUGAAUGUGAGUGUGAAUGGUUGUUUGUCUAUAUGUGCCCUGUGAUUGGGAUAGGCUCCAGCACAGCAUAGAAUUUUCCCUCUGCACGCUACACUCCUCCAUGCUCUUCCACGGAACUCAUCCUUUUUAUUUUUGUAUUUUACGCCUAUAGGAGUUCAUUUAGGAACAAGUCACACUAAAACUGGACGUACAUCCGAGUCCAGGAACGGAGCUGGUUCGUAACCCGAGGACCGCCUGUCGAUGCCCCCCCCCCCUCUCUCAGUGCACUAUAGGACGAGUCCUCAGGGCUCUCGCUGGCCUCAGUAGAUCUAACGCUGCUGUAUUAGCAGCCAUACUCCUCCACAGGGAAAACAUGUGAGACAAUCUAGCAGAUCCCCCACCCACGCCCUUCAAACCAAACAUAUAUCUAUGGGAAAUACCAGAAAAAAUGAUAUAAGAAAAAGAACAUAAGAAAUUGUUACUUUUUGUUUGUUCUAUUCUUUUUGUGGUCUACCCCCGGCGUGUUUCUGUUCCUUUGCCGAAGGGAGAAGAAUAUUAGCCAUUCUUCGGCAAAAGGUCUUUCAUGUCGAUUUCUACAAUUUAGUUCUAUGAUUAACUUUCUGAUGAUUCCUUUUUAACAAUGUCACGGUUUAUUUUUUAACAUUUGGUGUUCACUUUGGUGGCACUGAAAUAAAGAGAAACUAACACCAAGUUGAAAUUUGCUUAAUAAAAUGGCUGUUGCCCAAUUUGUCCCAUGCGAGUUUGACAUGCAUGACGAUGACUUUGAUGACGGCUCCGACAAAUAUUAUAAAGCUAUACUCUCAAAUCAAUAUGAAAUAUAAAUGACAGAAUAGAAAAUACAAAGAUAAACGUUAAACAGUAUAUACGCCAAAUAUGUAAAUACGCCAUACUUAACCAGUAGUAAGCGACCAAACAAUGGCUAGCAUGCCAAAAUAGUGCAUUUACUAUUGUAGCCAUUCUAUCCAAUUAUAGCUGUAAUUCUGUUAUGCGCCGGCAGGUGGCAGCGUUGUCUCCUAUUCCAGCGUCUCAAGCUGAAAUGUGUUUAAUGUCGCUACAAUCAGCGAAGAAAGAAAUUUUGAAAAAACUUUAUUUAUAUAACCGCUAGCUAAUUUAUCAUUACCUGUUUAUUGGCUCCAGUGAUU